CUGAGACCCCAUGGGAACCCACUAUUGCCUCCCCAAAGCUGGUUCCUCGUUGGGCUCCCCUUUAUCUCUCUUAAUACCGUACAUUGGAAAGAGGAGUUUUGCUGUAUUCACUUUCCUAUAACAGGCUCUUGACACCCCCUUCCAAAAGCCAACACACCCAUUUUCGCUGUCCCAGGCCCUCCGACGACCCAGGUUACCCACAUUUCCGAUCUCGAUAUCCCCAACCUCGUCCCCAAUUCCAAUGUCCCAUCCUCGGUUCCAUUUUCAGUGUCCCCAAACCCCUUACGUUACGACCACCCAGCGUUUCUGAGGUCCCGCCCUCGAGCCGGAGACCCCGCCCUGGGCUUGCCAUCUGGAGAGCGAGGGAGGAAGGAAGGAUACAGACCCAGGCGUUCACCCCACCUCCAUCCCCCGCCCCCGACAUCCCGGCCAGAUAAAGGGGCUGAAGCCAAGAGGGAAGAGAGACCCCGCCCCCCUUGAGAAGACAAGCCGCAGCCCCUGCAGGACGGGGGCCUGCGUCGCUAUGGGUUCCACCGCUACCGCGGAGGGAGCGCUGGGCUACGUCCGCGAGUUCACUCGCCACUCCUCCGACGUGCUGGGCAACCUGAAUGAGCUGCGCCUGCGCGGGAUCCUCACUGACGUCACGCUGCUGGUUGGCGGGCAACCCCUUCGAGCUCACAAGGCUGUUCUCAUCGCCUGCAGUGGCUUCUUCUAUUCAAUUUUCCGAGGCCGUGCAGGAGUGGGAGUGGACGUGCUCUCCCUGCCGGGGGGCCCCGAAGCCGGAGGCUUCGCUCCUCUGCUGGACUUCAUGUACACUUCGCGCCUACGCCUCUCUCCAGCCACGGCACCAGCCGUCCUUGCGGCCGCCACCUACUUGCAGAUGGAACACGUGGUCCAGGCAUGCCACCGCUUCAUCCAGGCCAGCUAUGAACCUCUGGGCAUCUCCCUGCGGCCCAUGGAGGCAGAACCUCCUACGCCCCCAACGGUCCCUCCACCAGGCAGUCCCAGGCGCUCUGAAGGGCACCCAGACCCACCUACUGAGUCUCGCAGCUGCAGUCAAGGCCCCCCGAGUCCAGGCAGCCCAGACCCCAAGGCCUGCAAUUGGAAAAAGUACAAGUUCAUCGUGCUAAACUCUCAGACCUCCCAAGCAGGGAGCCUGGCAGGGGAGAAGAGUUCUGGUCAACUUUGCCCCCAGGCUGGGCUCCCCAGUGGAGAUGAGGCUUCCAGCAGCAGCAGCAGCAGUGAAGAAGGACCCAUUCCUGGUCCCCAGAGCAGGCUCUCUCCAACUGCUGCCACUCUACAGUUCAAAUGUGGGGCUCCAAUCAAUACCUCCCAUCUCCUUGCACCCCGGGCCCCAGAGACCACUGGAUCACCCUCUGGGCAGGCUCGUCCACCACCAGGAAGUGAAUUUUUCAGCUGCCAGAACUGCGAGGCUGUGGCUGGGUGCUCAUCUGGGCUGGACCCCUUGGCUCCUGGGGAUCAGGACAAGCCCUACAAGUGUCAGCUGUGCCGGUCUGCCUUCCGCUACAAGGGCAACCUGGCCAGUCACCGCACGGUGCACACAGGGGAAAAGCCCUACCACUGCUCCAUCUGCGGAGCCCGCUUUAACCGGCCGGCUAACCUGAAAACGCACAGUCGCAUCCAUUCGGGAGAGAAGCCCUAUAAGUGUGAGACGUGCGGCUCGCGCUUUGUACAGGUAGCGCAUCUGCGCGCGCACGUGCUGAUCCACACCGGGGAGAAGCCCUAUCCUUGCCCCACCUGCGGGACUCGCUUCCGCCACUUACAGACCCUCAAGAGCCACGUUCGCAUCCACACGGGAGAGAAGCCUUACCACUGCGACCCCUGCGGCCUGCAUUUCCGGCACAAGAGUCAACUACGGCUACACCUGCGCCAGAAACACGGAGCUGCUACCAACACCAAAGUGCACUACCACAUUCUGGGGGGGCCCUAGCCGAGCCCUGGCCCAGACCCCACUGCUUCCUCGAAGCCCAGAAGCUGCAGGCUCGCGCCUGGCUUCCCUGUCAGCCUUGGGUUUGGGGUGGGCAAGGCCCCUCCUGUAUCAGAAACUGCCACCGCCUUAAUUUCUCACUGGGGAGAGCAGGGGUGGCAGAUCCUAGCUUGAUCUGCCUCUGUUUUGCUGGUCAAAACCUCUUCCCCACAAUCGAAAUUGUUUCUGAGGAGACAGCAAGCUAGGAGCUGGGGGAGGGGAAGGACUGGAAGCCUGGUUUCCUUAAGGGAACCAGUCCUCCACCCGCAGCCCCCAUCCCGUUCAGUUUAUCUGUAAAUAUAAUUUAUUGAGGCCUUUGAGUGGCACCAGGGCCUUCAUUCUAUUGCAUUUCCCACUUCCCUCUUCCAUAAGUGUGAUCGAAAGUGACCUGAAACACAGAAUGUAAGGUCACAACUCUGCUGGCAGAGAUUAGCACUUGGCUGUCUCCUUUGGCUUGAGUGUUUUAUAUUAUUAUUGUCAUAACUUUUAUCUUUAGAAUUGUUCUUUCUCCUA